AUGGAGACCUUACAUAUUGAUCUGCCCAUCCAAGAAGCCCUGCAACAAACAUACCCUUUCAACCUACAAACCACCCACAUACAAUAUCUAGGAGUCUGCCUACCAGCAGAACUGUCCCAAAGCUACUCACUGAACUAUACGCCCACCAUACAGAAAAUUACCCAGAUAUGGAAGGACAUGCCAAUCUCCUGGCUGGGCAGACCAGCCUCUAUCAAAAUGAAUGUGCUACCAAGGCCUCUAUACUUAUUCCAAGCUCUCCCAAUACCAAUACCAAUCUCUGGCCCAGACUUUAAAAUGCUACAAAAGACAAUCAAUAAGUUCAUCUGGUCCAACAUACGCGCCAGAAUUAAUAGACAGACCCUAUACGCACCCAACAAGGCAGGAGGCUUAGGCCUGCCACAUCUCACGCACUACUACCAAGCAAAGCAACUAACACAGGCCCAGAACCUGCAUGCACCGCUCGGAGUUCAACGAUGGGUGGACCUCGAUCACGAUAUCUUCGGCAGGGUCUUCCGCUCCCUCUACAUAUGGCUACCACAACAAGCAAGACCCCCCCACCCCAUAAAAGCCCGGCAUUAA